UCCGGCCGCGGUGACCCGAGGCUUUUCUCCUGGUUUUGGUCGUAAGGCGGGUUUAAAUUGAACUGUAACGGUUUACGGGCCGGACCGGAGACAGAAACGGUACCGGAAAUGCAGAGGCAGCAGCUCAAACAGCGACUGGAAGAAAAACAGAAACAUGGAUUCUGCUUUUAGCUCUGCCGCUCAGAUGGAAACUCCGGGUGUUCAGGAGCAGCUGAUUGUUAAAGAAGAAGCUGAUGAAGAGCAGAGUCCUGGUGGAGACCAGCAGGACGCAGAGCGUCUCCACAUCAAGAAGGAGGAAGUCUGGAGCAGUAUGGAGGAUGAAGAGCUCAGUGUGAAGAAGGAGAUGGAUCCUACCAGGUUUCCACUCACUGUGGUUCUUAUGAAGAGUGAGGAUGAUGAAGAUAUACCUCUGUUCUCUCAGCUUCAUCAGACAGAAGUUGGAGAUCUUCCAACCAGCAGCUCAGCUGGCCAGAUGAAAGCAGAAAGGGAUGGAGAGCACAGUGGAGGAGCAGAGUCCAGCAGGAACCCAGACACUUCCAGCUCUUCAGAGACGGAGGUCAGUGGGGAUGAAGAGGAGGAGGAGGAGGAGGAUGUGAACCAUCCUGGUUCUCAUCUGAAACACCCACCAGACUUUGGCUCUGAAACUGAGGACAGCGAGAACGACUGGAAGGAAACUAGAGCUGCAGAGUCAGGAGGAAACGCCGCCAACAAGUCGCUGAGCUGCUCAGAGUGCAGUCAACAGUUUGGUAACAAGCGCUCCGUCCAGAGACAUGGCUCAAGAAAAAACCGUUCGGCUAAAAACGUCGACUCAGCAAACAUCCAGACUGAUUCAAAAGGUUUUACCUGUGAUGACUGCGGGAAAGGUUUCAGCCUAAAAAACUCCUUAAACCGACACCUGAGAAUCCACACAGGAGAGAAACCAUUCAACUGCGACGUCUGUGAACAGAAAUUUAACCAGAAGUCUCACCUAAAAAUUCACAGGAGAAUCCACACUGGAGAGAAACCGUUCAGUUGUAGUGCAUGUGAAGUUCGAUUUAACCAAAAGUCAAGCUUAAAUCUGCACAUGAGGAACCACUCAGAGGAGAAACCGUUUCACUGUGAUGAUUGUGAGCAAAGAUUUAACAAAAAGUCAGAUUUAAACAAACACAAGAGAGUCCACAUGGAAGAAAAACCCUUUGGUUGUGACGUUUGUGGGAAAAGAUUCAGUCGAAAGGCAGAUUUAAACAUGCACACACGAGUCCACACUGGAGACAAACCAUUUGCUUGUGAUGUCUGUGGACAGACGUUUAGUCUUAAGGCUAAUUUAAAGAAGCACAUGAGGAUUCACACAGGAGAUAAACCAUUUGGUUGUCUUUUCUGUGAGCAACGAUUCAACAGAAGGUCACAUUUAAACAUACACAUCAGAAUCCACACUGGAGAAAAACCAUUUGUUUGUGAUGUUUGUGGUCAAAGGUUUAGUGAUAAGUCAGCUGUAAACAAACACAUGAGAAUUCAUACAGGAGACAAACCUUUCGGUUGUGAUGUUUGUGGGAAAGGAUUCAAUCAAAAGUCGAGUUUAAACAAGCACAUCCGGAUCCACACUGGAGACAAACCGUUUGGUUGUGAGAUUUGUGGACAAAGUUUUAAUCAAAAGUCGACUUUAAACAUCCACCAGAGGAUACACACCGGAGACAAGCCCUUUGGUUGUCACGUUUGUGGACAAAGAUUUAACCACAAAUCAAAUUUAAAUAAACACAAGAGGAUCCACACAGGAGAAAAACCCUACGGCUGUCACGUCUGUGGGAAAAGAUUUUACCAAAAGCCUCAUUUAAACAGACACAUGAGGGUCCACAUUGGAGAGGACACAUGUAUAAAUACAUAAGUUAAAGGUUCAUUCCAGAGAGGCGUCAACAGGAAAUCUUCCUCUCCUCGAACCGUUAAUACCCUGAGCAUUAGUUCUGGUCCAGGGUCCCAAACUGGGACCAUUAUAAUGUCUGUUGGAUUCACUGAGUGCUGGAGUUUUGCUGCUUCUUAAUUUAUCUGAUGAUUCAGGUCAACACUCGCCUCAGCAGCAGACUUCGGAAAGCCGUUAGAAACCAGGAAGUCUCACCAAAACAGCAUUCAUAUCCAAUUGUUUCUAAACGUUUAUGGUUUAAAACACAAGUGAAGUGUUUGGAUACAACUGUACUGAGCCAAAGCAUAAAAGCUUUUAUUUUUAAGAAGAAACAAUCAAUCUGCUGCUGUUCUCCGUUUCAUCUGCUCUGCUGACUUCCUGGUUUACUUUUCUAUUCAAACAUUGACAAGAUUGUUGGCACCUCUCUUGUUUAUGACCAAAACCCCUCGAUAGUCACUGAAAUAACUUGAAACUGACAAAAGCAAAAAUAAAAAUGUACUUAAAGUUAA